AUGGCUUCUACCAAAGAAUCACUUCCAUGGCAAACCCUUGCCUCCACUCACCGGGACCGAGCCUUUGCAAAUAUCCCCAAAGAGUGGCAUCUAUCACCUGAGAUAUUGUCCGCCAUAUCCCCUGAUGCUCGGAUCAGCGUUGCCCAUAUUCCGGCUCAGUCAAAGAUUCUGAGCCCACGCGAAUUGGAAAUUACGGAGACAUUGGAUGCAACUGCUUUGCUGCAGAAAAUUGGCGCUGCAGAGUACUCUGCCGCAGAAGUCUGUACGGCAUUUUGCAAGCGGGCGGCCGUUGCGCAGCAGUUGACUCAUUGCCUGACUGAGAUAUUUUUUGAAGCUGCUCAAGAGCGGGCAAAAUUCCUGGAUGAGUAUCUCAAGAAGAACGGGCGCCCUCUGGGACCACUCCAUGGUCUUCCAAUCAGUCUCAAGGACUCCCUAAAUGUCACCGGCGAGUACUCCACUAUUGGAUAUGUAUCCUUUAUUAGCCAUGGACCAGCCAAGAAGAACUCUCCUCUGGUGGAUAUUUUGCUCUCCUUGGGAGCAGUUUUGUACGUGAAGACGAACUUGCCCCAGUCAUGCAUGACGGCCGAUUCCCAUAACAACAUCUUCGAUAGAACACUGAAUCCGAACAACCUGGCCCUCACUGCCGGUGGAAGCAGUGGAGGAGAAGGUGCUCUUAUCGCCCUUCGCGGCUCUUUACUCGGUGUCGGCACCGAUAUUGCUGGAUCAAUCCGAAUUCCGUCUAUCUGCUGUGGUACUUAUGGAUUCAGGCCUUCCGCAAGCCGAAUCCCCAUGGGGGGUCAGGCGAUCCCCGCUCGGCCGGGCGUUCCUUGUUUCCUCCCUGUGACCGGGCCAUUGGCAGCAUCCGCAAGGGACCUCCGUCUGUUCAUGGAGUCAGUCAUUCGGGCUGACCCAUGGAAAUCAGACCACAAUUGCCUGCCUAUCAAAUGGAAUGUACCAGAGGAACAGAAGAAACUUCGCAUUGGUCUGAUCCUCGAAGACCCUUUGCGGGCCUGUGAGCCGGAAGUACUUCACACUCUCCAGUCCGCUGCCCAGAGGUUGACAUCGGCCGGUCAUGAAGUCAUUCCCGUGACCAAAUUUCCGUCAAUCGUUGGGGCCGAAAAGCUGGCAUUGUCAUACUUUGCUCUUGACAACGAGCAUUACCCUAUCUAUCAUGCUACUAAAGCUGGGGAGCCUCUAAUUCCCUCUUUGACUGCAGCAAUUGAAGCUGGGUUCGGAUACGAAAAGAAAACAAUGACCCUAGAAGACCUUGUGCAGAUGAAUGUGGAAAAGGAAGAGCUCAUCGAAAAUUGGAACGAGGUUUUCGAGCGUGACUCGUUUGAUGUCCUGUUGACCCCUGGGGCACCUCAUCAAGCAGUCCCACAUGAUACAUACCUCCGCACUACGUACACCAUCGUCUGGAAUCUUGUGGAUAAUCCAGCUUGCAUCAUUCCAAUUGCGACUCCCACGGAGAACGGCCACGAUGCUACAGAGGAUCUUCACGAAGGGACGGUCAAGCACACUGUGCAAGUGGUGGGAAGAAACCUUCAAGACGAGGCAUUGUUGCAUUGCGUAGAGCGGAUCUCGGUAGCGCUUAAUUAUUCCACUUAG